CGACCGUUAAAACUUUGGAUCCAACAUACUUUGCUAAAAACGAUGAAUUUUUAAGACAUUUGCAUAUCUUGGAUACUUUAGCCUACGAAUCAUUAGAAGCUCAAAUAAUGUUUAUUGGGGAAGCAAUUCGGAAUCCAACAAACGUUGUUAAAAACAUUCAAUUGAAAUGGCACGCGUCAACGAAAUUUUCAUGGUUUUAUAAUGUCAAACAAUCCUUGUUGAACAAUAAUGGAUUUGUAGACAUCAACAUGUAUAACGUAUCGGACAAUGACGAAGCACGCACCAUGGUCCGCCGUUGUAACGUGACCCUAUUUUUCAAUUCAUUAUUCGCGGAAUUUGACCCCGAAGCAUCGGAUCUCUCGAAUGUUGAUUAUCGAACAUUCUUUGAUUAUAUCGUGCCAUCCUCUCUUUCGCAAUCCAUGGAAAUUUGGCAUUUGGGUUUAAAAUUGAAAACGCAAUUAUAUUUAUACAAAACGCGUAAGGAACCUUUAACGAAUUUUUUUGAUAAGAUGUUCCCAAAGGAGAUUGAAGGUCCACCAAAAUAUAAGGAAGCGCAUAUAAACCUUCGCAAUACGAUUAAAAGAUGUUCCGGAGAUAUGGACGCUUUGUUGAAAAAAUUUAGUUGGUAUACGUUCACUCAAGAGAUGUUUUUGUUCCUAUCUGGCAUAGCGGGAGACCUAGACAAGCCGGUAUUGCAUAAGCAUACAUCGAUCCACACUUCACCAGUAUCAUCUAGUUCGACUCGGGUUGUUAAUUUGGACUUAUUACAACGAAAGGAGGUUGACAGUCCAGGUGGUAAUGCAAAGAAACCGAGGUCAUGUGAUGCUGAGCAGGAUCAAGAUGGUCUUUUGUAUAAUUUCGAUGAUUAUCCUAAAAGUGGAGAGGUAGCACAAGUUAUUUCACGUGAUCAAGAUUACAAUCCGAACCUAUUCGGAUUUGCCGUGAAGCAGCCCAAUUUGGCUAAGAUUUCCGCAUUCCGUAAACCGCAACGUUCGAAUAAUGUGGGUAUAUUUGGCAUCAUCAGCCAAUCUCCCAAAGCUAAAUCAGGUACAAGAAGACAAAAGGACAUAGAGUCAUGUACUUUUGCUCUAGGGCAAAGGAAAAAAGAGUGUUCGUUAAGUUCCCCAAUCAACAAGUUUUCGGAAAAAAAAAUAGCAGAUGAUGAACAAACUUCUUCAGAAGCGUCAUUCGUGGAACAAAGUCCACCUCGUAAACGUAUCGAAAGUAAUUCCAGAAAAUCAACACCCCGGGGUAAAAAAAGAGCCAUAUUAAACAUUGAUGAUGAAGUUAUUCAAAUUUCAUCGAAACGAGUUAAAUGGAAUGAUGAGGAGUUACGAACCCUUGAAGAAGGUAUGCGUGAACACGGCAAGGCUUGGUCUAAAAUAAAAAGAGAUUAUGGAGGACCUGGACAAGUCCUUGAGCGACGAAGACAAGGACAAUUGAAAGAUAAGGCGCGUAGCGAAUAUGAGCGUCGACAAAAGGAUAACAUUGAACUUGGUGUUUUUGAGAUCUUUGAGAUGGAUUAA